UUAUUUGCCAAGUGCAUCAGUUGAUAAAUUGAAAUAAAAAAGCGACAUAAAUUAUAUAGUUUCACAAUGAUAAAUACAUGCUCCCAUUGAACUACUCCUGAAAACGCUUAUUAAUGUAUUAAGUCCAAUAUAAAUGAAAAUGUUAAAAACUAUAUCACGCACUGGAGUUCUGUUCAAGGAGUAAAGAAAAGUUUGCGGUGUUAACUUUUUUUUCUUUACGAAGAGCUAUUAUUUUCGGUGCAUUGGCGAAGGCUUGGCGGACGCAGGUAAAGGGGCGGUUGCAGCAACCCUGCAUCCCUCUCCUUCCCCCGUAGCUGCCAGUCGAAAGAAAGAGGAAAAAGUCUUCAUUCGGGAAAUGUGCGGCAAGCAGGGAUGCGGAACUCAUCUCGGCGCGGUGAAGAUGUGGAAGAGUUCUCCCCCAUCAUAUGAUCCAUGAGGAUCGAACUCGGGCGAUGAUGACCAACCUAGCGCCUCUGCUAUGGUCACUGGCGCUGUGGUGGUCGGUCGUCGGAGCGGUCAAUUCCUUGCCGGGAACACAGGACUGCGAAGAGGCCCGCAUGAAGUGCGCGUACAGGGCCAACUGUGCGCGCGCCCUGCAUAGCUACAUGGUGGACUGCGCCGACGUCUUGGCGGGGCGCACCAAGCGCUGCCCCUGGUCCUGUAAGCGCGCCCUCAUCUCCUUAGCCAGUUCCGAGGCCGGGAUCGCCCUCGCCGAAUGCGAGUGCGGCGAGAACGAAUUCUGCCGCCGCAGCAAAGAGCGGGCAGAAGUUUGCCGUCCAGAGGUGAGCAUUGCCAUCGCGGAGGGCACCGUUGUGCCCUGCGCAGUGGCGGAGUGGAUCUGCGCGGCCGACCACCUGUGCUCCACGGCCCUCGAGUACUACUAUCGUCUCUGCAGGCCUAUGUUCCAAGGACGGAAGUGCACGUUCAGGUGCAACAACAGCCUCGCCAUUCUGGACAGGCAACCGAAGGCGGGAAAGCUCCGAAACUGCUACUGUGACGGCAGCGAAGACUUUCCGUGUCAUGCCGUCAAGAAAAACACUCAGCAGUUGUGCUAUGGCAGGGAUGAGUGGACGGACGACUCUAAUAACUUCAUCAACUCGAAGACCGACGUCGAGUCGAGUAGUGAGAGGGCGUCAUCAUGUGGCCUCCUCUGCAUCUUCCUUUGUUUUUUUGGUCUCUGGACAACAGACAGUUUCUUAUUCACUUCCAACAGAAUCUUCGUUUCGUCAGGUAAGAAAAAUGGUCUAGGUUUCCUGAACACAAAGAUAAAAAACAUUGCUAGCUUCCUCUGCAAGCGAAAGUGGAUUGACCUGCUACGACAUUGCUUUCAGGACACUCUUAACAUCCAUAAACAUUUCUAUUGGACUCGAGCCAAAUUCGGUUGCACAUUCAGGACUAGAAUCACCACCUUCUAUGAGAAAAAGUUUCUGAACUGUUCAAGUCAUUCAUUGGCAUGGUACUCGAAAUUGAAAAGACCGUCUUUGACGUCAUGGCCCUGGUGGUGGACAUCAGAGAGAUUUUGA